AUGCAGGACGGCACUGAUAGGACAAGUGCUGCAGGUGAGAGUCUGCUAGGCUCUGAGAUCGAUUGGGGGUCUGAACCAAGUCCCUUUGAAAGCUGGGCUCUGCCUAGCAACGGAUCCGGUGAUCAAUCCUUUGAUCUCUUGCUUGCAAACAGCAGUGGGCCACGUGCAGACCCCAUUGAGGCCUCGAGGAGAUCCGAAGUUUCUUUUCCGGGGACUGAGGACGUGUCAUUUGAUCUUGCCUCGGGCUCUUCACAAGCCGCUUGUGGUCAUGUUGACACUGAGAGUGUUGGUGAGCUUUCUGAACCAGCACGGGGAUCCCUCGAGGCGCAACAGCAUCAGCCACUUGAUUCCGCAGGUUUCGUAAGCCACUUGCGUGCAGCAAACUUGAGUCUCCGAGAUGCUGAGCCGAAGUUCUUUUGGGAAGAAGGGUUCUGGUCUGAUUUCUUUAGUCCGAAGGUUGUGCCUGAAAGUGUGCUUCCAAAUUUCCGUGAUCGCAGGCCUGACCCAUUUGCUUUGCCUCCGCAGAGUACCGUGAAGUCUGUCGGCCCCGCACCUAACAAGAAAGCCAAAGUUGGUUUCAGUAACACCUUCCAGAAGGUUGUUAUCAACAGGCAGGUCAUCUCGUGGAAGGAUGCGCGCGAGGCUGCAUUCGAGACUUCGAUUAUCAAGUGGGUUGUUUUGUUCGGUUCUUGGGAUUGCGAGAAGGACCCCUUCCUUGCCGAUCUUGUGGGUCAAGGCGAGUUAGUACAAAGGCGCAUUGUGGCUGAUUGCCUUGCACGAAAGGCACCAUCCACGUCGUUGAAGCGUGCAAACUCUUUGAUCAAACUCACCAAGAUUGCUACUCGUGCCAGUGUGCGCAUGCCUUUGGAGGAAUCAGAAUUGUACAACAUCCUUCAUGACGCAAAAGCAGGCGGCGCCCCUCUCUCCCAGCUCCGAGGCUUCAUGGAGAGCUGUACCUUUGUGAGGUUUGUCUUCGGGCUCGAUUUCCUCGAGGUUACUUGCAUAAGUAAGAGAUGUUGGGGUGUCACCGUGGCCCGCGCGGCUGCACCAGUGCGACAGGCUGAACCCUUGAGAGUGUCUGAUGUCAAGAAACUCCAUUAUGUGCUUAUGGAGGAUGGUGACGUGUGGAAUCGUUGCUUCGCAGGCUCAGCAUUGUUCUGCGCAUAUGGCCGAUGCCGAUGGUCUGACAUGCAGCAUUUAGACGGGCUCGAACUUGACUACUCGGACCUUCCAGGAUCUCCUGUUGCCUUCGUAGGAGGCGUCAUUGUCGUGCACAAAACAAUGAAUCUGCAAGGGCCCUUGCCUAGGUCCUUGGAGAUAAUUGCACCUGCGCAAGGUAUCAUUCAAGGAGACUGGGUGUCCUGCUGGCUAGCUGCCCGUGAAGCAGUCGGUUGCAAUUGGAGUUCAGGUCAUCCCGUCAUGCCAGCACCCAAUCAUUUGGGUGAGCCCACUGUCAGGGCUCUUGACAGUGAUGAGGCCGGAGCUUGGUUGCGUGUUCUGUUAAGCGACCGCGGGGAGCUUCGCACCACUUCUCAUUCAUUGAAAGCCACUUUCUUGAGCUAUUGUGCCAAAAGGGGAAUGAGUCACUUGGACAGGUUGGCUUUAGGCGGGCACUCGCAUGGUGCCAAGAGUGCAGACACUUAUGCCAGGGACGCAAUGGCCAGGCCCUUGCGGCUCCUGCAAGGAGUCAUCCAUGAGAUAUCCCAAGGAAUCUUCUCUCCUGAUGCAAGCAGGGCAGGUCGGUUGUUGCAAGGGCAUGCUUCUUCGGAGUUGGGAAAAGAACUGGGUCACUUGGAAGCUUCUCAGCCAGUCGGCCCCGCUACCACAGCCGGGCCCUUGCCACGCGUCCCGAAAAACGAGGUCUUUUCUAUCAUGAGUUCAGACCUGCCAUCACCUUCUGCCGCUGAGGCCAGCGAGCAGUCGAGGGAAGUGCAGGACCAAUCAGAUCAGGCCUCUGGGGCCUCUGAUGAGGGCAGUGGUUCCGCAUCAGAUUCCGUCGAAGGAACAACCAGUUCAGACUCCGAUUCGAGUUCUAGUUCCGAAGAUAGUGGAUCUGCCCCAAGGCCCGCUCGCGUCCUUCAGUUGCCAACGCCGCCGGCGCCACCCACUGAAGAUGAAUUCACAGCCUUCGCAAGGCGAGUUAGUGGCGGUGAGGUGCCUUUGGGCACCGCCGCCCAGUUGAGGAGGUUGCACUUCGAAGCAGUCACUUUGGUCGUGGCGCAGCUCAAGCAGCAAGCAACAGCCGACCCGUCGGAAGCAGUGAAGAAAUUGCCAAUAGCAGAGAAACAGGCUCGCAUCGAGGAUCAGAAGAGAAGAUUGAGGGGCAUGGUUCUUGAAGAAGAAAUGGAACCAUCUUUUUCUUUGAUUGAUGCAUGCGCGCACAUGGUUGAACAAAAUCACAUUGUUUGGUUGCCACCUUCCAAGUGCACGAAGCGGGAUCAAGAAUUGAGAGCCGGUGUUAAGGAGCGAUCAAAGUUUCUUGUGGCUGCAGAGCAAGGAGUCACAUUGGCAGCGGCCCCAUCGUCUCAGUCUGCUGAUUGUGGCACUCCCCUUCAGAUGCAGUGGUGUCUUCAGAGACGAGGACUAGCACUUGACAUGAACCAGAUCAUAAGUUGGGAAGCCCACGAGCGCUGGGUUGCUUACUUGAUGCAGUCCCUUGCACGGGACGUUCCCCCAGGUUAUGCAAAAGUGAGUGUUGACCAACUCUUGAAGGCUGACAGCGAACUAUUCCUCCUGAUCUCCAAGGAAGUUCGAAGGGUCAAGGUUGCAUCCGACGGGACGAUGGAGGCCGACAUUGCUCUGAACAAGUUGAAACACGAUAUCAGGGUGACGAUGCAUCUCCUUCCUUUACGUGGGGGAAACAAGGCAGUCGGAGUAGCACAGGUUGCAGAUGAUGGUGCAAGCCAUGACGAAGCAGCAGCUGCUAAGAAACGCAGGACCUUGGAAAAGAAAAGAGGUCUCUUGGCACCAGUGAAGACCGCAACCAUGCCUGCCGAAUUGCGCAUGUGCCCGUAUCAGACUGAUCAUUCUGGAAGCCUGGUCAUGGCCAUCACCAGUGUUGGCACGCUGGAAAAGGUGGCAAAGGUGCUGGGAAAGGAAAGAAAGGCGGCAAAGGGCACACUCAGAAGCCUGAUCCGCCACAAGACUCGCCGUUGCCGCAACCCCAAAUCAGAUGCAUCCCGCGUUGGCGAGCCCGCCACCGGGUGCUAUUCCGAAAGCUUCCAGAAGUCUGGUGUUGAUCCCGUUGAUGCCGGCCUCGGCGGCUCCGGGUCAACCUCGGAACAAGUUGGCAGCCCAAUGCAUUUCACUUUCGAGCCCUGCACCACUCUCGAGAGUAAUAACGACUGCCCUGCCGAAACUCUGGCGCGCCGAAUUUUGGCGGCCGGGGAGUGCACGGACGCUCAACUUCUCGAGUUAAUGGAUCUCUUGCCAUCGGAAAGAUUGGCCAGAGGCUCUGGACUUGCUCGUUCAGAGAAAUCCUUCACGACAGGUGUUUACGGGCAAGGUCCUUUGUCUGGAUUGAGGAAGCAUUGUACUAGCCACCCGGCUACGUCGAAGCUUCUCUUCAGCUUAGCAGCUCGCUUGUUUCCCGGUUUAUCUUUCACGACUGCCAGCUUGUUCUUCAAUGUCCAAACUUCAUUGCACUCCGACAGCGGCAAUUUGGUCGGUUCGGAAAAUGGAGUUGCAGCACUGAGUCGUUUCUCAGGUGGGCACAUCAAAGUUCAUACUGACCAUGGAGCAAUCCUGCUUGAUGUGGCCACCAAACCAGUCACUUUCGAUCCCACCCUGGAUCACGAGACAUGUGACUGGACCGAUGGUCCCAGGUUGGUCCUCGUCGUUUAUUCUGUGCGUGGCCUCGAGAAGUUGCCCGCUGCCGAUCUCCAACUAAUUAGAGGUUUAAACCCUUCCUUGCCUGUUGUAGGUCCCGGUUGUAAGCCUUGCCUUGACCUUAAGACAACAUCUGCCGUGGCAGGUGAUAAAGGGUUGGUGUUGCAAGUGUUCGCCGGCCCCGCGCGAUUCGCCCAGACCUUGCAGAAGAGCGGCUUCGACGUCCUGGCCUUCGACAAAAGCGGCACUAGAGCCCAAUUUCCGGUUCAGCCGUGGGACUUUCGUAGUUCCGAGGACGUCGAUCUCUUAUGUGGCAUUCUUUCGGAACAAGUUGAUCGCAUCACGCUUCUUCAUUUGUCUCCGCCGUUCAGUCUGUCAGGUGAAGAUAUGGUCUGCUUAUGCCAGGCUCUGCGACGGCUUACGGACCAUGCCUUGCAACUCGGCUUGCACAUUUCCUUUGAAAACCCUGCGAGAUCAGGACUUUGGACGUCAGCCCAGAUGGCCCCUGUGUUCAGCUCGCGAUUCCGAGAUGUGAGUUUCGACUUGUGCAUGCAUGGAGGUCACCAAAAUCGAAGGGUUCGCCUGUCCAGUACUCUUGACCUCUUUGGGCCGUUGGCCAUCCAGUGCUCUGGUUCACAUAAGCAUGCUUCAGAUGCUGCCUUGCAUCCGUCUGAGAGAGGAGCCUACCCUUGGCUCCUAUGUCACCGCCUUUGUGACCAGUUGUCUCAAUUGUCUGCCGGGGCUUCUACCUCUGCCUCUUUGUACGGGCCUCAUUCCAGCUUGUUGCGGUUGGCCUUGGAUCGACAAGGCCGCCGGAAGAGGGCUUUAGUCUCGGAGUUUCGCGAUUAUGACGCUUGGAGUGUGGCGCCCGAGCUCGACGCCGAUAGAUCUCGUAUCCUGGCUUUGUACCCCAAAGGUGCUCGCAUUGUCCGUCGCAAACUUUGCAAGGGGGCGGAUAUUAAGGUUUGCCACGUGCCUUCCACUUCGUCACCUUUGCCUGGGUCUUUCCUUCAGGAUUGGCGGAUUGGUUCAGGGUCUGUGGUUUCCGAUGGAGUGCAGGUUUGCGGGGCAAAAGCUUCCUUGUUGCCAGAUCAGACUGUCGAAGUCGCAUGGAUUGGCAUUCCCCGUGAACCCUUGGACUUCCUUUCCGAGGCCUCGAAAGCUGGGCACCCAAAAUGUUUUCUAGAUCAGGAUGUGCCAAGUCUUGAUUUGCUAGUUGAAAACUUGUUGGGUGACGUGCCUUGUGACGAGUCCCUGGACCGCUUGCUUGAGUGGGAGACUCUCUCCAAACGAACGAAAUCAGUUGAAGAUGAGGCUCGCUUGUCUUGGCCUCCCCACGUGCAGGAAGUCCUGAAAGGUAAAAACACUGAACUUCUGAAGCAACUCUUGCAGGAAUAUGAUUACCCUGACGUCAAAGUGGUUGACCACAUGAGAGAGGGUUUUCGGUUGUCCGGUUGGGUUUUCCGAACAGGCGUUUAUCCGGUUGAGGCUAGGCCUCCAGCCACCACCAUGAAGAGACAGUUGGCCUCAGCCAGACCCCGGAAUUUGGCGACAUUGGCAAAGCUUCGUUCGCAACCGCUUGAUGAUGUCACACAACGUGCCUGGGAAGAAACACAAGCCGAGGUUGACCGAGGUUGGAUAUUCGAAGUGCCUUGCUGCGCAGCCCGUUGUACUGCUCGGACCGCCCAAUCGGGUGGUUGCACUAAGGACUUCUCCGCGUGCCUUGGAAUAGGUGGUGUCUUGAUUGCCAGACGCUUUGGCUUGAGACAGACCGACAAAGUUAGGGUGAUCGAUAAUUGCAAAUCUUCGGGUUACAACCAGACCAUUGGCCUUCCUGAGCGCUUCCGACUUCAUGGCAUUGAAUUCUUGUGCGCAUUGAUCGUGCGUGCUAUGAAGGACGCCAGGUCCCUCAUUACCCCGAUUUUGGGGCGCACGUUCGACUUGACAGCUGCAUACAAGCAGUAUGCAGUGCACAGCGAGGAUAGGGCCAUUAUGCGGAUUGGAGCUCGCGACACAGACACUGGCGCUGUGCGCCUCUAUGGUGUCAACUCUCUACCGUUCGGCGCCACUGGAUCAGUGGCUGGCUUCCUCCGAACGUCAGCUGCAUCCUGGUUUCUAGGCUGUCGUGCUUUGCGGUUGGCUUGGGUUAAUUACUUUGACGAUUACCCUUGUCUCUGCAAAGCAUCUGCGCAUGCCCACGUCGACAGGAUCGUAGAUCGUUUCUUCGGUCUGCUGGGAAUCCUGUACGCUUGUGAAGGUCGCAAAGCUGUUCCUUUCGCAAAGACUUUUAAAGCAUUAGGGAUUUUGGUGGACCUUGAAAAUUUUUGCUCGGGGGAGGUCACUCUCAAACACACGCCUGAGAGAAUUGCAUCCCUCAGUGCCAGUCUCCAAAGUGUAUUGGAUAGUGAUUGCUUGAGUCAGCCCGAAGCCGAUCGACUAAGAGGCAAGCUCCACUGGUUUGCUUCUUUCUUGUUUGGACGCAGGUCGUGCCUUGCUCUACAGGUUUUGAGCAGACGUGCAAAGGGCCUUGGAAGUUCAACGAAGCUUGACCCAGAGCUAAGAGAAGCAUUGGUCUACUUGAAGGAUGUUGCGUUGCAUGCUGAGCCCGUGAAGCUCACUCGACAAGUCGGCCGAACUUUCUUGAUUUUUACCGACGGAAGUCUGGAAGGCUCGACCGCCGGACUCGGAGGAGCACUGUUCGAUUCUUCUGGAAAGGCGUUGUCAUAUUUCAGCUUGAACUUGCCUGCCUCGUCAGUUGAGAAACUCCGGUCAGCAUCGAAGCAUCCUAUCUACGAGAUCGAGAUGCUAGCCGUGUGGGCAGCUCUUUCUGCCUGGUCGCAUUUGUUGAGCAACUCAUACACGGUGAUGUAUCUUGAUAACGAAGCUGCUCGUGGAGCUUUCGUUGCAUGCAAAUCCGGAACAGCUGCAGGUGCGCGCAUCCUCAAUGGAUGUUUGGACUUUGAAGAGGCUUCCAGGUUGCGGAUAUGGUUUGGUCGUGUGCCAACCCAUUCAAACAUCGCAGACGCACCUAGUCGCGGCGAUUGUGCACAGUUGGUUUCUUUGGGAGCCACUCGUGUGCAAGUGUCGGGCCCGUUCCCGCUUUGA